UUUGUCUUAUGCAUGUAGAAAAGCUCACUAGUUUGUGGAUAGAAAAUUGAAUUCUAAUCUUUGUCUUUUAUCAUUUCAAGAGGUUUUAAUUUGUGAAGAGCGGAACUGCAGAAGUGUCAUAUUCAGCACCAGGGAUUAAUGAAGUGUUCAGUGAGUGACAGUUGCUUCAGGAACCUUGCCGAGGAUCGUAGUGGGAUAAACCUUAAAGAUCUGGUCCAAGACCCUUCUUUGUUGGGUGGGACUAUAUCUGCAUACAAGAUAGUGCCAGACGAAAUAGAAGAAAUCAAGGAGACGCUGAUAGAUUGGUGUGAUGAAAAGGAACUUAAUUUGAUUUUAACAACUGGAGGAACAGGGUUUGCACCGCGGGAUGUCACUCCAGAGAAAUUCCCAACAUUCCCAUUAUGUGGGCUCCAGAGAGGGGCCACUAAAGAAGUAAUAGAGCGAGAAGCCCCGGGGAUGGCCCUGGCAAUGCUGAUGGGAUCACUUAAUGUUACACCUCUGGGCAUGCUCUCUAGGCCUGUGUGUGGAAUCAGAGGGAAAACUCUCAUAAUUAAUCUUCCAGGUAGCAAGAAAGGGUCACAGGAAUGCUUUCAGUUUAUACUGCCAGCCCUACCUCACGCCAUUGAUCUCUUGCGGGAUGCCAUUGUAAAAGUAAAGGAGGUACACGAUGAGCUUGAAGAUCUACCUUCACCACCACCUCCUCUUUCUCCUCCUCCAACCACCAGCCCUCACAAACAGACAGAAGACAAAGGAGUGCAGUGUGAGGAAGAGGAGGAAGAGAAGAAGGAUAGCGGAGUUGCCUCAACAGAGGACAGUUCUUCUUCACAUAUAACAGCAGCAGCCAUUGCAGCUAAGAAGCAUCCAUCCUAUACCAGUCCAGCUGUUUUCAUGGCUAAAGGUCAACAGCCCAUCCCUGGUCUCACCAGUUAUUGCCAUCAAGCAGCAGGCAGUGCAGGAGAUCUGAUUCCAGAUUCCAUCAUCUCUCGUGGUGUUCAGGUUCUCCCACGUGACACAGCCUCCCUCAGUACUACUCCUUCAGAAUCUCCUCGUGCCCAAGCCACCUCUCGCCUCUCCACUGCGUCCUGCCCAACACCAAAACAAAUUAGACGGCCGGAUGAAAGCAAAGGAGUUGCUAGUAGAGUUGGAUCCCUCAAAGCUCGACUCCCUUCGUGUUCAUCCACCUAUAGUGUUUCUGAGCUCCACUAUAGGUUGGAAGGGCUUAAAGAUGAACUGAGGAGGAAUAGAGGCUACAACUCGAGAGUCCAGUCUAGAUGCAGCAGCAAGGAGAACAUCCUCAGAGCAAGUCACAGUGCUGUUGACAUUACCAAGGUAGCAAGAAGACAUCGCAUGUCUCCAUUCCCUCUGACAUCUAUGGACAAGGCCUUCAUCACAGUUCUGGAGAUGACCCCAGUGCUUGGAACAGAAAUCAUCAAUUACAGAGAUGGAAUGGGGCGAGUCCUUGCUCAAGAUGUGUAUGCAAAAGAUAAUCUGCCACCAUUUCCAGCAUCAGUAAAGGACGGUUACGCUGUCAGAGCUGCUGAUGGCCCAGGAGAUCGAUUCAUCAUAGGGGAAUCCCAGGCUGGUGAGCAGCCAACUCAGACUGUGAUGCCUGGUCAGGUAAUGCGUGUUACAACUGGUGCUCCAAUUCCAUGUGGUGCUGAUGCAGUGGUGCAAGUGGAAGAUACAGAGCUCAUCAGGGAAUCAGAUGAUGGCACUGAAGAACUAGAAGUUCGAAUCCUGGUGCAAGCUCGACCAGGCCAAGAUAUCAGACCCAUAGGACAUGACAUUAAAAGAGGUGAAUGUGUGCUGGCAAAAGGAACCCACAUGGGUCCAUCUGAGAUCGGUCUCUUAGCAACUGUUGGAGUAACUGAAGUAGAAGUUAACAAGUUUCCAGUGGUUGCAGUAAUGUCAACAGGGAAUGAGCUGCUGAAUCCUGAGGAUGAUCUCUUGCCAGGAAAGAUUCGGGACAGUAACCGUUCAACUCUCCUAGCUACCAUCCAAGAACACGGCUACCCAACCAUCAACUUGGGAAUUGUGGGUGAUAACCCAGAUGAUUUACUGAAUGCACUGAAUGAGGGUAUCAGCCGUGCUGAUGUGAUCAUUACAUCAGGAGGUGUAUCUAUGGGGGAAAAGGACUAUCUUAAACAGGUGUUGGAUAUUGAUCUUCACGCACAGAUUCACUUUGGCAGAGUUUUUAUGAAACCUGGCCUGCCAACAACUUUUGCAACUCUGGAUAUUGAUGGCGUAAGAAAAAUAAUCUUUGCGCUCCCAGGCAAUCCCGUGUCAGCUGUCGUCACCUGCAAUCUCUUUGUUGUUCCUGCACUAAGGAAAAUGCAGGGUAUCCUGGAUCCUCGGCCCACCAUCAUCAAAGCCAGGUUAUCAUGUGAUGUAAAAUUGGACCCCCGCCCAGAAUAUCAUCGGUGCAUUCUGACUUGGCAUCACCAAGAACCACUACCUUGGGCACAGAGUACAGGGAAUCAGAUGAGCAGUCGUCUGAUGAGUAUGCGCAGUGCCAAUGGACUGUUGAUGCUACCUCCAAAGACAGAGCAGUAUGUGGAGCUUCACAAGGGGGAGGUGGUGGAUGUCAUGGUCAUUGGAAGGCUAUGAUGUCACCAGCAAGAGCGAAGCUUUGAUGCAUGUCCACAUAUCAUUGACUGUAUCCUGUAAUAUGCAACGGCACAGCUAGUUUUUCCGAUUUGGAUAAAAGUUGAUCAGUAUAGUCAACAUCUUGAAAUAUAUUUCAAAUGGAAUUUAAAUAAAUACCUUUUAAAAGAAAAACUUUAAAACAAAUCUUAACAAAGAAAUUUAUUCUGAUUAUAUCAAAGCAACUUUUUCCUUUUCUUGCAAUUGCUUUGUGUGUUCAAUGCUAGUUCUAAUAGCGGUAGCUUUUAGUAGACAGCAGUAGGUGCCUGCAGAACUUGUGUUUUUUCUCAUCUUUAAGAUACAACUACUUACGCUCUUAAAACAAGGCUGUCUGCUUAUUUAUACUAGCCUAGACAACACUUGGAUUUCCCUUAUUAGUAUGCUUCAUAACCGCUUCACAGAGAGCUUCUGCUUGUUCUUUAUCUUGUAUCUCGUGUUGAUGUGCACAGUGCCAAAAGCAGAGUGGCUGCACUGGGAGCCCAAUGAAGCCCCGAGGUUUUCUCACCUCGCCGCGCAUUCAGGGAUGUCUCUUGUCCCGGCAGCCACCCAGCUCAGUACUCUUGGGCAGUAACUGGAUACCUUUUAUUUCAACAAACAAAAAAAUUGCUUCCUUAAGUGCUGACAGCCUUUUUAACCAAUACAUUUAAAAAUGUACAGAACUAAAAACUAAAAAAAAUCAAAGACUGAUCUUGUACAGAUAUUAGUGUUACCAGCAUUCGUGUGGAAAUUAAAUGAGCAAAGAAAUAAAACUAAUGUUAAACAACUCUGUACCAUAACAUUUUCUGUAAUGAUAUUGAAACUUAAAUG